AAAAUGUCCUCCGAGAAGCUCUUCACACCAUUUCAGCUUACAUCCUCCAUCACCCUCCAGCAUCGCGUCGUCCUCGCCCCACUUACCCGUUUCCGCGCCGACGAUGCAGGCGUCCAUGGGGAUCUUGCCGUCGAGUAUUACGGUCAACGUGCGAGUGAACCUGGGACGUUGUUGAUCACGGAAGGUACUUUUAUUGGAGAGAAGGGAGCCGCGCUGAAGAAUGUUCCGGGGGUGUGGAAUGACGAGCAGGUGAAAGCUUGGAAAAGAGUCACCGAUGAAGUCCACUCCAAAGGUUCCUUCAUCUACAUACAACUCUUCGCCAUGCCCACCUCCAUCCCCUCCGCCUCCAUCAUCAACUCGGGUAUCCACGCCCCACAACACCUCACCAUCCCCGAAAUCCGCGAAUACGUACAGCUGCACGCCCUUGCCGCAGACAACGCCGUCAAUAAAGCUGGUUUCGACGGGGUCGAGAUUCACGGGGCAAACGGGUACUUGAUUGAUCAGUUCCUUCAGGAUGUGAGUAAUAAAAGGACGGACGAGUAUGGCGGGAGUUUGGAGGGACGGUUGAGGUUUGGGUUGGAGGUUGUGGAGGCGGUGACGAAGGUCGUCGGGCAGGAGAGGGUGGGUAUUAGGUUGAGUCCUUGGGCGACGUUUCAGGGCAUGCGUAUGAACGACCCGAAACCGACGUUCAGAACUCUCGUCAACCAUAUCCGUACCGAAUACCCUGACUUUGGAUACCUGCACGUCGUCGAGCCUCGUAUCACUGGCGAUCACGAUCAGGAAUUGAACCCUAGCGACUCGAACGACUUCCUGCGCGAGGCCUGGAACCCGCCCAACGUCAGCGGGAAGAAGAAAGUGUACCUCACGGCGGGAGGAUAUACGAGACAGACGGCGAUCGAGGAAGCGAAGAAAGAUGAUUGUCUGAUUGUGUUUGGAAGGUCUUUCUUGGCCAAUCCCGACUUGCCAAGGAGAUUGAAGGAGGAUUUGCCUUUGAAUGAGUACGAUAGGAGCACAUUUUACACGGCCAAACUUGCAAAGGGAUAUGUCGACUAUCCGUUUGCGACGACUCACUAGGUCUUAACGUGUAGUUAUU